UCUGAAAUUCUCUCGCUGACAUUAUUUUGCGGGAUGUUGAACAAAACAAUCUAACGUGAACACUACGGAGAGAAAUCAAGGACUUCUCCAAAGUUCAGUGUCAGGUGAAGAUGUCUUCAUUGGUGACCUAUGAUGAUUCAGAGGAUGAGGAUGAGUCCUGCGAUCAGAAGGAGGAAGAACAAUCAGACCCGUCUGGAUUUAAUAGUGUUAAUGUAAAGCCCAGACCUGCAGGUUCAGAAACAGUUUUAGGACAAAGUAGCUCUUCUUUGUUGUAUGUUUACCCAAAGAUACAACACCAGGAUUGGGAAAACCGUAGUGGAAACGAAGGAAAACAUUUUAAAAACAGAUCUGCUUGUCUCACUUUCUCAAAAAGUAUCGUUGAUGGUUCAAAUCCUGCUAAAAGGCGGCCAUCUUCCCUCCCUGGUGUCAGACCAUACAUCCCAAAGAGACAGAGACAAUCAGAGGAAACAAAAUGCCCUGAGAAUCAGCCAGAACAAAGUUUGGAGAAUCCAACCAGGAAAGGUCCAGUUCUCUCUGAUGUUUCACCAAAAGUGAAGCCUUACCUUGGUGAAAAACCCAAAUCAUCCGGGACGCCCAGGAAGCUUUUAAUGAGCCUGGAAGGCCACCAGGGGGCAGUCAUCACGGCGCAGUGGUGCCCCGUGCCUCACGUUAGCCACCUGCUGCUGUCCGCCUCCAUGGACAAGACCUUUAAGGUGUGGGAUGGAGCAGAAAGUGGACGAUGCCUCAGGCUUUACACCUGCCACUCGGGGGCCGUGCGUGACGCCUGCUGGACCCCCUGUGGGCGACAGCUCCUCACCGGCUCAUUUGACAACACGGCUGCGAUCACUGAUGUGGAGACAGGGCAGCUGACCGUGAAGGUGGAUAACCAGUUUAAGGUGAUGUGCGUGGUUCUUCACCCCGGCAGCCCAGACGUUUUCCUGUGUGGAGGUCACAGCUCGGUGGUGAAAGCCUGGGACUCCCGCUGCUGCAAGGUGGUAAAAACCUACAAAGCGGCCGUCCAGCAGACCCUGGACAUCCUGUUUCUUCGCGGUGGGACGGAUUUCAUAACGAGCUCUGACUGCGUCAGCCGGGACUCCGCCGACCGGACGCUGAUCGCCUGGGAUUACGGCAGCACAGCCAAGAUCUCUAACCAGAUCUACCACGAGCGAUACACGUGUCCAAGCUUGGCUCUCCACCCUGUGGAGGAGUCGUUUGUGGCCCAAACCAACGGGAACUACGUGGCGCUGUUCUCCUCACAGACGCCCUUCAAAAUGAACAAGAGGCGACGAUUCGAUGGACAUAAGGUGGAGGGUUAUGCUGUCCGCUGUGGCUUUUCCCUGGAUGGAGCCAUCUUGGCCUCGGGGAGCUCCACCGGUUCGGCCCACUUCUACGACUAUCAAAGCACUCGCGCUUUGCACGCCAUCCAGGCGCACAGCCAGCCAUGCUUGUGCGUUUCGCCGCAUCCUGUGCUUCCUGCGACGGCGGCCACUUGUGACUGGGCAGGUGAAAUCAAGAUCUGGCACUGAACUUGGAAAAGAUGCACAGAUUCUCUCUAAAAUGUGUGCAAAGACAAAAAUAUGACGGCGUAUUUGGGCUGAUAGAAGGAGAAGUAAAUUUAUUUUAAAAAGCUAAGAAAUUGUAAGAUUAAUCUAAGACAUUUUUUGGAAAAAA